AUGGCCAUUCCUGAAACGCGAUACUAUCCAAGGCGCGAGGAACCGGUACGACGCACCAGGCCGAUACAGCGUCCUACACGUGUAGUUGUAGUCGCAGCUCCGCCUCGUGUUCAGGUGCCUGUAAAGCGGACUCGUGUAGUGCGCAAGAAGCCGGUAAAACAAUCCAAGUCCAAGGACGAACUGGUAUGUUGUUUUUGUCGCUGCCUAUACAUUUGCCUGAAGGAUAUGGAAUUGGAUCAAUAUAUGGGCAAUGAGGCUGUAAAGACCCGAUUGGACGAUCAGUUGGCUGACUAUUUUACUGAGGAAGCCAAAGAGGCCGAAUCGUAA